AUGUCUUAUACUACUCGUCAAAUUGCUCCAGCUAACACCUUAGACUACAAAGUCUACGUUGAAAAGGAUGGUAAACCAGUUUCUCCAUUCCACGAUAUUCCAUUAUUCGCUAAUGAAGAAAAAACUAUCUUAAACAUGGUUGUUGAAAUUCCAAGAUGGACCAAUGCCAAAGUAGAAAUCUCCAAGGAACAAAAAUUAAACCCAAUCGUCCAAGAUAUCAAGAAAGGUAAGUUAAGAUUUGUUCGUAACUGUUUCCCACACCACGGUUACAUUCAUAACUAUGGUGCUUUCCCACAAACUUGGGAAGAUCCAAACCAAAUCCACCCAGAAACUAAGGCCAAAGGUGACAAUGAUCCUUUAGAUGUUUGUGAAAUCGGUGAAAGAGUUGCCACUGUUGGUGAAAUCAAACAAGUUAAGGUUUUGGGUGUUAUGGCUCUUUUAGAUGAAGGUGAAACUGAUUGGAAAAUCAUUGCCAUUGAUGUCAAUGAUCCAUUAGCUCCAAAAUUAAAUGACAUCGAAGAUGUUGAAACUCAUUUACCUGGUUUAUUAAGAGCCACUAACGAAUGGUUCAGAAUUUACAAGAUUCCAGAUGGUAAGCCAGAAAACCAAUUCGCUUUCUCCGGUGAAUGUAAGAACAAGAAAUAUGCUGAAGAAGUUAUUGCUGAAUGUUCUGAAGCUUGGGAAAGAUUGAUCAAGGGUGAAUCUCCAGAUUCUAAGGGUAUUGAUUUAACCAACACUACUUUAGAUACUACUGCUACUUUCUCUGCUGCUGCUGCUUCUGAAAUCCCGGCUGGUACUAAUGAAGCUCCUGCUCCAAUUGACAAGUCUAUUGACAAAUGGUUCUUCAUCUCUGGUGCUCAUUAA